AUGCGCCAGGAGGAUCGAACGAAGACCGAGGCCUCCCGUGCUGCCACCGCCAGGUCCGAGCUUGAGGCCGACCUUGAGUCCUACUGGAAAGGGCUACGAAAGGUGUUCGACCCGGAGGUCGCGAUGGCGGGGCGGGAGAAAGCCCUGGAGCAGCGGGAGGUGGCUAUUGCCAAGAAGGAGGCCAGCCUUGCGUCCCAGCGAUCUGAGCUCGAGUCUCGCAGCCAGGGACUCAAGGUCCGCAAGCAGGAGCUCGAGGAACUCUCCGAGUCCCUGGAUCGAUGGUGCCAGGAGCUGCAGGAGAUCGCCCGCCAGCAGGCUGUCGCCGAGAUGGACCUCGAGAAGGAGAGGAAGUCCCUUGCACGGCGGGAAUCUCUCACCACCAACAUGGAGCAGGCCCUUGCGCGCCAGCGCGAGUCUCUCAAGACCCUGAAGGAGUCAGCGGCGGGGAAGGAGGCCACGCUCCAGGAGAGGACCCGCCAGCUGGAGGCGGCUCAGGCGGCUCUGGAUGCCCAGGUGUAG